AUGGCAUCGCACAGAGACGGUGAAAGAGAGCGACACCCGUCGACCUUGCUUCCUGGCCUGUUCCCGGGGUGGCCCCCGCACUCAGGUAUCUUCCAGUCCCGACUUCCCAACCUUGAGGUAGUUGUCCCAGACGAAACGCCCGCCUUUCUUAGGUACCUACCUGGGCUUGGACUGCAUGGGUUGCUGCUGCUACCCGGGAUAGACAAUCUGCACACCGACGUUGCUAUUUCAUCACCUCACGACUUGAUGGGCGUGCAUAGGGUCCUCCACCGGCCUCGUGUGGUCGCUGCAUACGCCAUCUUCAGGCAAAAGUCAGGUACGAUAGGGCACCACCUCACCAUCUCACCAUCUGCCUAUCUCACUCAUCUGGCCCCCCCCUCGGAUCGCAACCCCGUGUCUCUGCGUGUGGUAGAACAGCCGUCUCCGGCUGACGGUGCCCUUCAUCCGGCUGAUGAGCCCUCACGAGGGAUCUUGAUCAAGUGCUACCCCGGUUUUCCCAACAAGUCCUGCCACAGCACCCUCAAGUGUCAGAUGUCUUACCGGCAGUCCACAUCCACAACACCCUCAGCUUGGAUGGUCCCUACAACUGUUUCCACUGGAUCUUUUUUACGGCCCCCGCGGACAUGGAAGCUGGGGAAAACAAUGGGCCUUUCUCACUUUGCGGAGAACCCGUACACAAUAGGGCAGAUCCCACGAUGCUUACCUUACUGCGUCUGUAGGCAAUGCAAUGCCACAAUGGGUGGCAUGGAACCUUACUGCCUACCCAUGGAGCACGUGCCGUGUCAAAUGAAGUCAUGCUUCCUGCAGGCAGCGGCCAAGCUCGGCCCAAUCUUCCUACCACUUCCAUUGCAUGAGAUGGACUGCACUCCUUGCUGCCGACGUUCAUUAUGCAUCAAGUCACAUUUUGACACAAACGGCACAUCCAGUCUUAUCGGAAUUCAAGUGGCCGAAGUACCCGGUACUUUAGGAUCUGCGCUUGGCGCUGCGUUUUCCGCCAUCAGCUACACCCAUCCAAUCACCGCAUCGCUCCAGAGCCACUUCCUGCCAUUGCGCAGUGUUGCAGCCUCCGACCAGUGGCUGGCUCCCGUCCCGUCCUGCUUGUCGACCUGCGCUGCAUCUGUCUGUACCUCUAGUGGACACCUCUACGAACCUUACAUCAGAACUGGCCUUUUGCUAAAGUCUGUCUGUCCUUCGACCGCAUUGGCAUUCAAACUUGGCGACAUCUCGAAAAGAGCUACCGACCCAGAGACUCUCGUCGUCAGCUCACAACCCUGCGGCGUACGACGACGAGCUGCCCUGUUGAUGAUCGCCAUCCGCCCAUCUCGGAGCUCACCCGCGAGCCGCCGGUCCCCCAGCUUUCCUCUCGACUCUGGAUCCUACUCCGUCACCAACCCAUAA